GAGUGACAUGUGAACAGUGAUGAAGUCAACAACAUUUAGUUUUAGUAAUAGUUAAUAGAUUUGUCGUUGGGUGUCUUGCUUUUAUUAUGGUAGUAAAUGAGUUGUUGUUAUCAAUUAUUUUUCAAGCAUUGAGAUUGAAUAAGGAAAUGAAAAUUAUCCAAGCAAGCAUGUACAAGUAAAGCACAAACCCUAUAUAUCCCCUAAAAAAAAAGAUUGGCACCUACUCAAAUAUUUUUUUGUAUUUUAUUUUACGGGACAAAGAAUAAUUUCAUAACAUGUCAAAUGCUAGGAAUAAAUCAACCUUAGACCUCAAUUUACUUUAAACAAAAACAAAAAGUUACCAUACUUCAUACGAAAUACUCCAUAUAAAAUUUCCUUGGUUAACCAAUUGACUGUUGAUGCAGUGGUGAUUGGAACUACACUUGGUAGGGAGCACCACAUGUUCGAUACCCCGUAACAACAAUUGAGAGGAGAUUAAAACCUAACCACCCAUAACUGAUCCCCGAAUCCAGAUUAUCCUAUAGGGUGAACCGGCCCAACUGGGUGGAACACAAAAAAAAAUAAAAUUACCUUGGUUAAAAAAUAAAGAGCAAGACCAAUUGACAAACCCUAUAUAGCAAGAGUUUAAAAACUAGUAGUUCAAUUAACUACUUGAAAUCUAUAAGUUCUUGACAAGAUCAUAGGGUUCAAAUCACCCUACACUUAUUUGUAAUUUAUACUCGUAUUGCCAUAGCAAUCUAGCAGAUCAUUCGACGAAAAUACAGUUAACAACGGAGUAAAAUCUAUAGGAGUCAAUUUGUAAGUCAAUUCAAUACGUUGGAAAAAGUGAGAAAGAUCAACUCGAAUUUAUUUACUCUACUUUGAAGUAUUAAUUAAAGACCUUGGCAAAAAUCCUGCUUAGGAAGACGAAAGAAUGACUAGAAGACGACCAAAUGCACCAAUCAAUGAUCAAAAAGCAUGCAAAAGGAGGAAACAAAAUUCUGGUACAAUGGAGGUUGCAAAGCAACAUAUAGAAGAAAUUAGAAAAAAUACGUUCGAAAUUGGUGUGAGAAAAAACCCUCUAAGGCAAAUGUUACGAGAAGCUGUUAAGAAUCUCUCUGCUGCUCUUUACUCUAAGGAUGUCCAUUUUUUAAUGGAACUUAUUCAGAAUGCUGAAGAUAAUGAGUAUCCACCAGGAGUUGAUCCAACCUUGGAGUUCUUGAUAACUUCUCGGGAUAUAACAGCCACAGGAGCUCCUGCUACAUUGUUGAUUUUCAAUAAUGAGAAGGGAUUUUCUAAGGGAAAUAUGGAAUCCAUUUGCAGUGUCGGUACUUCUACCAAGGCUGGCAAACGUAAAAGCGGUUAUAUUGGAGAAAAAGGCAUUGGGUUCAAGAGCGUGUUUCUAUUAACAGCUCAUCCCUAUAUUUUCAGUAACGGCUAUCAAAUCCGUUUCAGUGAAGCACCAUGUCCUCAAUGUGAUGUAGCCUACAUAGUACCUGAAUGGGUUGAAUAUCCCUCUGUCGCUGAUAUCCAGCAAGUGUAUGGCUGUAAUAGAGUCCUUCCAACUACUACACUGAUAUUGCCUUUGAAGGGUGAUAAAGUGAAAGCUGUGAAGGAGCAGCUUUCAAGUCUCCAUCCCGAGUUACUCUUGUUUCUCUCAAAAAUCAAGCGUCUUUCAGUGAAAGAGCACAGUGAGGAUCCAAAACUUAACACCAUACGAGCUGUUUCCAUUUCUACAGAAAGGGACUUGAAGUCAAAGAAGGAUAUUGAUGCUGAGUCAUAUACAGUUCAUUUGAUGGCAGAAGAAGAAGGUAGUCCUGGCAGCGAAGGUGAAUGUGGCUACUAUAUGUGGAGGCAGAAGUUUCGUGUCAAGGAUGAAAACAAGGUUGAAAAGAGGAAGGAACUCGAGGAGUGGUCUAUUACAUUAGCCUUUCCAUUUGGCGAGCGUCUGAAUAGAGGAAUGAUCUCUCCUGGAAUCUAUGCAUAUCUUCCCACUGAGACAGUUACAAAUUUGCCUUUCAUAAUUCAGGCAGAUUUCCUUCUCCCAUCAUCUCGAGAAACUAUUUUGUGGGAUGAUAUAUGGAACCAAGGGAUUCUUGACUGCAUUCCUGCUGCUUUUGUCAAUGCAUUUGUUUCUCUUGUCAAGACGAGGGAAGAUGCGCCUACCUCUUCUCUGGCAUCCAUGUUUGCUUUCUUGCCAGUUAAAGACGCGUGUCACCCAAAGUUAGAUGCAAUCAGGAAUUCAAUCAAAGAGAGACUGCUUCUGGAAAAUAUUAUUCCAUCUGAGUCUCAUUGUUUACAAAAUUUUUUCCAUAAACCUCAAGAAGUUGCCCGGUUAAACCAAUCUUUCUGGAAGAUAUUGUUGAAGGCAAAGCAAAAAGGGAUGAAAUUGCACAAUCUUUCAUCUCUAGGAAAGCAUAUAUUGCAUUCUUCUUUCGAUUUAGACAGGUACAACGAUGCACUUAGCUUCCUUGGUGUGAAGCGCGUUGACACAGAGUGGUACCCAAAGUGCAUCCAGAGUUGUAAUCUUGUCAUGGGAGUUGGGGAAGAGAUCUAUGUUGAGUUGCUUCAAUUUCUUGCGCAGUAUUGGUCGAGUUUUGCUACGACUAAUAUGCGAAGUAUACCCCUACUGAAGUAUGUAGGUGAUUCUAGGGAUGUAUCUCUUCUUAGCAUAAAUGAAGCUACUCAGACAAGUGGUCUACGUUUGUGUCGAUCACAGGAUGCAAAACAUAUUUCAUGGAUGAUAGACUGGAGCAAAGAAUUCAGAUCUGCUGCAGGACUAGUUUUCUUACCUGAGAAAACGCAAACGGCCAUCUUAGGAGUGAAAGAUGUACUUACCUGGUUGAAUGACUAUGUGAAAGUUAAUACUUUUCGCAUGGAUGAAUUUGCAAAAGAGCUUCACUACUCAUUAGUCGGAAACAACUGCAGAAUGGUGUUUGUUUUUGCACAUUUUCUACAUCACACAUCUUCCAAUGGAUUUUUGGAUGAGCUGCAGUUACGACAUUUAAGUGAUUCAAUGCCACUAGUGAACAAUUUUAGAGGUGUAUCUGUGAGAAGAAAGGGUGUACUUGUUCCUGCCAAUGGGAGCAAAUGGGUGAAUCUGAUAGGUGGUUCCAAUUCUUGGAGGGAUCAAGAUUAUGUGGUACUAUCUGAUGAAUAUUUGCAUUCUGCGCGAUAUGCUGGUUAUUUUACUCCGGAAAAGAAACUGAUGGAGCUCCUCAAAAGAUAUGCCGGUGCCUCUGAUAUUCCUGACGCAUGUCCUCCAGAUGCUGCCUUCCCUACUGUAAAUGGGCCAUUGAACAAAGAAAAUGUUUUCUUGAUGUUGGACUGGAUUAAGAAGAUAAGAUAUAAGGGAAUCAGAAUGCCUGAUAAUUUUCUGAAUUGCAUCAAGAAUGGAAGCUGGUUGAGGGUAACAAUGAGCGGUCAUCCUGUUUACAAACCUCCUAAUCAAUCAUUUUUUUCGAGUUCAUCAUGGGGGAGUCUGCUGCAGAAUGGCUCCGAAAUGGUUGAUAUUCCCUUGGUUGAUCAGCAAUUCUAUAACUAUAAAUUGAAUGAGUAUCAAGAGGAGCUAAAAGCAAUUGGGGUGAUGUUUGAUUAUGGUCAAGCAUGUAAAUUCAUCGGGAAUCAUCUCAUGGCUCUGGCUGCUUGUUCUAAUCUGACUAGAACCAAGGUUAUUGCGCUGCUUAAAUUUAUACAAUAUCUGAGAGAGAAAAUGUUGUCGGUGGAUGAGAUUGUCAACGCCAUAAAAAAUGUGAGAUGGGUAAAGACCUCAUGUGGUGAAAGGUCCCCGGUUGAAACUGUUCUCUUCGAUAAAAGCUGGACAUCUGCUUCGGUAUUCAGUCAGAUUACCUUUCUUGACGAAGAGUAUUAUGGGUGCAGUAUUCACGAAUACAAGGCUGAGCUUGAACUACUUGGUAUUACUGUGGGUUUCAAGGGAAAGCAUCAGAUUGUGCUUAACCAUCUUAAAUCUUCAGUAAGCUGGAGCACUCUAAUGCCUGCCAAUCUCAUUUUUGCUCUCAAGUGCAUCAAAAAGUGUCCUCAUGCAUCAGAAAAACUUGUGACUACAAUGAAAGAUUCUGCAUGCUUGCGCACAAGUGUCGGCUUCAAGUAUCCCCGUGAAUGUUACUUGUUUGAUCUUAAAUGGGGAUGUAUCUUACAGAUAUUUGAGGGUUUCCCAUACAUUGACAGCAGCUUAUAUGGGGACAAAAUAUUCAAGUACAAAGAAGCAUUGCAGAAAAUUGGAGUGGUGGUUGAUUUUGAUGGUGCAACUAAGGCGUUUUCUGUAGAGUUUAAGCAACUAGCAACAAUUCAACAGAUUACUGCAGAUAAUAUUCUCAAAUUCCUUUCGUGUUAUAAAAAGUUGAAGUUUACACAGUUCACCCUUAAUGCUGAUCUCAGUGCAUGUAUUCAAGAUUCUAAAUGGUUAAGAACUCGCCUUGGUGACCACAGGUCACCCAAGGAUUGCAUUUUGUAUGAUUCAGAUUGGCAUCCAAUCUCUGGGAUUACGCUGCUUCCUUUUAUUGAUGACAGGGAGAGCUGCUAUGGAGAAGGCAUACACGAAUUCAGAGAUGAGCUGAAGAGCAUGGGUGUAGUGACUGAUUUCAAGGAAGGCUUACAAUUUGUUUUCUCUCAUUUCUUUUUACCUCAAAAUCCAAGUGAAAUUACUCCUGCAUGUGUCUUGUCAUUGCUCGAAUGCAUUAAAAACUUCCUGAAACCCCUGCCAAAGGAUUUUUUGAAUCAGAUUUACCAGACCAAGUGGUUGAAGACCACUAAUGGUUAUAUGUCCUCAAUUGAGUGCAUGCUAUUUGAUCCGAAGAAAAAGUCUUCAUUGCAGCGAUGUGAUGGUCCUUUCAUUGAUGAAGAGUACUAUGGGGCAAAUAUUUUGUCUUAUAAAAGCGAGCUUGCAGAAAUUGGAGUUAUAAUUGAUCUGUCUAGCAAUGUUGCAAACUCACUACUUGCAUAUCACAGCAAGUCCCUUCAUGAGUUUGCUAAGAUUGAGCGUAUCUAUGAAUUCCUGAGUGAAGCUGACUGGAAGCCUGAAAAAGGCGCUCCUGUGCAAAUUUGGAUCCCGACAAGCUCUGAUGACGGUGUGUGGGUUGCUCCGGAGGAAUGUGUUCUGCAUGAUGAUAACCAUCUGUUCAGCUCUAGGUUGCAUGUUCUGGAUCAGAAGAAUUAUAAGCCAAAGCUGUUUACUUUCUUCUGUAAAGCCUUUAAUGUCAAAAGCAGGCCCUCAACUGAUGAUUACUGUAAGCUUUGGAUGGAAUGGGAAAAUUCGAGGCGUGUGAUAUCAUAUGAUGAGUGUUGUGCCUUUUGGGUCCAUGUUAUUAGGCACUGGAACAAAGAUACCAAGAAAGUAUUUUCUGAAAGUGUGUCUAAAAUCCCUGCAGAUUCCUGUGGCUCGGGUGAUAUUCUGUUGCUUAAUAAGCAGGACAUUUUCCUCCCUAAUGAUCUCUUAUUGAAAGAUCUUUUUGAAAUGUCUUCUCCAUACUCUUUCUUUGUCUGGUGUCCUGCAAGAAACCAUCCCUCGAUUCCUCAAGCUUUACUUUUUGAUACAUACUCCAAGGUCGGAGUAAGGAAGAUAUCAGAUUCUGUUAAAAUAUCAGAGUUGUCUGCUGUGGAUCAUGGAGAACUGACGGAGGCGGAAUUGAAGGAUGCUUUUAUUGUGAAGGGGCUGGUAAUGAUCAUUUUAGGAUUUCUCUCUGACCCCUCACUGAAUCUAGACACAAAACGGAGGCAUGAAGCUGUUAAAAAGCUCCUCAAUGUCAAAGUCUUUGUGACUCCAAACCCUAUUACUAGAACCUACAGCUUAAUGAUGAGUUCAGGUAGUGAUGUCACAGCUAGCAUGCGUCAAAUGGUGCGCUGGGAGAGAGAUACUUCUGAGUUUUUCGCCCAGAAACUCGACAGAUCAGGUGCAGGUGCACGUAAGGCUGUUGUAGAAUAUGCAAUAACGUUCUCUCAAGUGGUAUCUGAAGGGUUGCUUUGGGAUAAGGAGGAUAAGAUUCAUCCACUUUCCGAGCUCAUAAAGUUUGGAUUCUUGAUGGACUUUGAUGAGGAUGCUGUUACUUAUUUCAUGAAGUCGAAAAAUUUGCAGAUCUUUCCUGAGGAUGAAGAGUUCAUAUCCUCUGCCUUCCCUUCUCUGAUACAGUAUCGUAGAAGAUCAGGUGUAAAUCAACGAGUAUGAAGAUUGCUGAUUCUGCUGUGAACAUCAGGUGUACUUAUUAGAGGAUGGAACUUAAAGCUGCCUUAGUUUUCUUAUGUUCUCUACCUGUCUAUUACAUUACUUUGGUUCUUCGUGAAAAGGCAAACGUCUUUCAAGAACUUCCGUGAGGGUGAAUAUAUCAUGCUGAACCUGAGUUCGACAGUCAGUCCAUUAAGAUCAUCGGAGUGUUCUUUGUUAGCGUUAUCAUCAUGUCAUGUGUGCAAAUGUCCUAGUAAAGUUUCUAAGAACAGAGCUGUUAUACAAUAUCAAGCUGAUGUUUUUCUGGGCCAGCUGAUUUCCUUUGCUGUUUAAGUUGUAAAAUAGUAGAAGUAAUGAAACUUCAUGGCAGCUUUGUCGUCUUGCUGAGUUCAAAUGCUUAAAAACUUUAUUUUUGAAAAUAAUAAAUGUUUAAUAUUUACAUAUUUAAUUUUGGUAACAUGAAAUUUGGAGUCAUAGUUGAUAACCAAAUUUGUAUAUCAUCAGUGCUGACUCUGCUGAGUAUACUUGGGGAGUCGGCGUAAGGUGAAACCGUGAAAGGCUUACAACGACUGUUAUUGUAUCCUACUUGUUUGAUCGAGGGGCAAUACUAGACAGCAUGUUGGGCUUACUGCAGAAGUACUCCGAUGAUAAGGUUGGCUGAGCAACAAAACUUCUAGCCAUUUAAUUAGUGCAAGUGGUCAAUCUUGACUCUUAUUUCCUCCUCUACUCUCCCCUACCUUCAACUUCCAUGGAUCCAUCAUGAUUCAUGAAGUAAGCCCGACAUCCUGUCUAGUACCAUCACCGAAAGAAUAGAAGCAGCGAAAAACUGAGAAAGCAACACAAAAUAAGACAGUCGAACAGACAAGGUAUGGGAAAUAGCCAUGGUAUGGGAAUGAUGUAUUAGAAUUCAUUCUGAAAGAUGUUCAUAGUAGUAGUGUAAACACUCCUAAACACACCCAGCAGAACCUUUCUCCGCCAUUUUCAUCUUCCUUCGCCAUUCACCAUUUUCAUCUUCAGACCCAUUUUAUCUUCGGAUAUUCGUUACUCUUCAAUUUUCUUGCUAAUUAUCCAAACCUUGUUCAUUCGAGUUUUAGUCUUCUCCAAAAGCCUAACCCUUAAUCACACGCACCCUAGCUCACACUUGCUCUUGCUCCACCGUCUAGGGUCACAUGGCUUGCCGGAAACACCAGGAGUCGCCUCCUAUUGCGCCUCUAGCCGGCAAUAACAGCCGCCAACCACUGCCAACAAGACCAGACGAAAAACCCUGACCGACCCCAUUAAUGGUUGACCGCUACUAAGCUAGGUCUUUCCCCAGGAUCCUUGUACAUAUUCUUCGGAAGACAUUGAUGAAAUAAGACUUAUGGAUUAAAUAUGUUCUUGAUCAUGAGCCAGUUGAAGAAGCUUAGUGAUUGAUGGAUGGGCUUAAUGAUGAAUGAGCUGAGCGUGAGUAUGAGAUUAGCUUAGUGUUAAUCAUUAUACUUGUAAAUCUCUACUUUUGUAUUUUGUUUUUGAAUAUUAGUAAUGUAAAUUUUGGGUUAUAAUUCUAUUGCGAAGAAUUAAUAUAUAUAGGAUCAUAUGAGAAGACCUCUUAUGGUGAGAAGGGUGAGAAGCAAU